UUCAGGAAUCUCAGGAACUUCUGCUUACCACUACACGUGACCUGCUGCCUUCUGGGACCCUGCAGCUUGUUGUGGCUUCUUGACUCUUCCGGAAGGAUGAAAGAGAUGGAUCCUGCAAAGCUAGCGAGGAUGGAAGGGGGAAGAUGGACCGUUGACCUGGUCAGGUUGUCUCCUGCAUCCCUCCUCGCAGCCUCCGAGCGUUCCCUCCCAGGGACUUCCGAGAGAUCUGGACCCUGCAGCUUGUUGUGGCUCCUUGACUCUUCAGGAAGGAUGAAAGAGAUGGAUCCUGCAAAGCUGGCGAGGAUGGAAGGGGGAAGAUGGACGGUUGACCUGGUCAGGUUGUCUCCUGCAUCCCUCCUCACAACUUCUGGGUGUUCCUCUCUAGGGCUCUCGAAGAGAUCUGGUGGUGAUGAAUUGGAAAUGAAGAAUGGGGGAGACCAUGACAAAAUCCACACAGUGGAGAAGCCAUAUCAAAAUUGGGAGUGUGGAGAGAGCUCCAUUCAGAGUUCCCGUUCCCAUCAAAGAACUCACAGUGGGAAGAGUGGCUAUCAGUGCUCAGAAUGUGGGAAGAGAUUCAGUUGGAUGGACAAUCUCACUUCGCAUCAAAUAAUUCAUACUGGAGAGGAACCCUAUCAGUGCUUGGAAUGUGGAAAGAGUUUCAGAAAGAACACCCAUCUCACUUCUCAUCAAAGAAUUCAUACAGGGGAGAAAUCCUAUCAUUGCUUGGAAUGUGGGAAGGGUCGCAGCUCAAAUCUCACUUCCCAUCAAAGAAUUCAUUCAGGGGAGAAACCUUUUCACUGCUUAGAGUGUGGAAAGAGCUUCAUUCAGAGGACUCAACUCACUUCCCAUCAAAAAAUUCAUACAGGGGAGAAACCCUAUCAGUGCUUGGAAUGUGGAAAGAGUUUCAGUCACAGCCAAAGUCUCACUUCCCACCAAAGAAUUCAUACAGGGGAGAAACCAUUUCAGUGCCUAGAAUGUGGAAAGAGCUUCAGUCACAGCACCCAACUCACUUCCCAUCGAAGAAUUCAUACAGGGGAAAAACCCUAUCAGUGCUUGGAAUGUGGAAAGAGCUUCAGUCACAGACAACAUCUCACUUCCCAUCGAAGAAUUCAUACAGGGGAAAAACCCUAUCAGUGCUUGGAAUGUGGAAAGAACUUCAGUCACAACUCCAAUCUCAUUUCCCAUCGAAGAAUUCAUACAGGGGAAAAACCCUAUCAGUGCUUGGAAUGUGGAAAGAGCUUCAGAAAGAACACGCAUCUCACUUCUCAUCAAAGAAUUCAUACAGGAGAGAAACCCUUUCAGUGCUUGGAAUGUGGAAAGAACUUCAGUCAGAGCACCGAUCUCACUUCCCAUCAAAGAAUUCAUACAGGGGAGAAACCCUUUCAGUGUUUGGAAUGUGGAAAGAGCUUCAGUCGCAGCUCAAAUCUCACUUCCCAUCAAAAAAUUCAUACAGCGGAGAAACCCUAUCAGUGCUUGGAAUGUGGAAAGAGCUUCAGUUACAGCAAAAGUUUCACUUCCCACCAAAGAAUUCAUACAAGGGAGAAACCCUGUAAGUGCUUGGAAUGUGGAAAGAGCUUCAGUCACAGUUCCCUUCUCACUUCCCAUCGAAGAAUUCAUAUAGUGGAGAAACCCUGUAAGUGCUUGGAAUGUGGAAAGAGCUUCAGUCAGAGUUCCAGUCUCACUUCCCAUCGAAGAAUUCAUACAGGGGAGAAACCCUAUCAAUGCUUGGAAUGUGGAAAGAGCUUUAGGAAGAGUGACCAUCUCACUUCCCAUCAAAGAAUUCAUACAGGGGAGAAACCCUAUCAGUGCUUGGAAUGUGGAAUGAGCUUCAGUCAGAGCACCCAUCUCACUUCACAUCGAAGAAUUCAUACAGGGGAGAAACCCUAUCACUGCUUAGACUGUGGAAAAUGCUUCCGUCUGAAGGAAAAUCUCACUUCCCAUCAAAGAAUUCAUACAGGGGAGAAACCCUAUCAGUGCUUGGAAUGUGGAAAGAGCUUUCGUCAGAGUGGGGAUCUCAUUUCCCACAAAAGAAUUCAUACAGGGGAGAAACCCUAUCAGUGUUUGGAAUGUGGAAAGAGCUUUCGUCAGAAUGGGGAUCUCAUUUCCCACAAAAGAAUUCAUACAGGGGAGAAACCCUAUCAGUGCUUGGAAUGUGGAAAGAGAUUCAGUCACAACCAGAACCUCAUUUCACAUAAAAGAAUUCAUACAGGGGAGAAACCCUAUCAGUGCUUUGAAUGUGGAAAGAGUUUCAGUGACAGCCACAGUCUCACUUCCCAUCAAAGAAUUCAUACAGGGGAGAAACCCUUUCAGUGCUUGGAAUGUGGAAAGAGUUUCAGUAAGAGCACCCAUCUCACUUCCCAUCAAAGAAUUCAUACAGGGGAGAAACCCUAUCAGUGCUUGGAAUGUGGAAAGAGCUUUCGUCAGAGUGGGGGUCUCAUUUCCCACAAAAGAAUUCAUACAGGGGAGAAACCCUAUCAGUGUUUGGAAUGUGGAAAGAGCUUUCGUCAGAAUGGGGAUCUCAUUUCCCACAAAAGAAUUCAUACAGGGGAGAAACCCUAUCAGUGCUUGGAAUGUGGAAAGAGAUUCAGUCAAAACUCCCAUCUCACUUCCCAUCAAAGAAUUCAUACAGGGGGAAAACCGUGCUUGGAAUGUGGGAAGAGCUUCACAAGGAAGGAUAGUCUCACUUUCCAUAAAAGAAUUCAUUAAGGAGAGAGACCAUAUGAAUGCUUGGAAUGUGGGUUGAGCUUUUGGACGACCCACCAUCUCACCUCCCAUCCAAUAAUUCACAAUGGGGAGAGACCAUUUCGAUGCCCAGAAUGUGGAAAGAGCUUCAGAAGGAGGGCAACGUUUAUAUUUUCACCCCUCCC